CUGAAAAAUUACAGGUUUUUGUUCAUUAAGUUAUCAAAGUUUCAAAAUAUAAACAUGUCAAAGGCAGAGUUAAACAAGACGCAGUCUGACUUGAAAAUAGCAAUACAAACACACCAGAUUCUGGUUUCGAAGAUGCAAGUUCAUGAAUUGGAUUUGGGUCUGACAUCGCAACUACACAGCCUUCAAAAGGAGAUUUUAUCAUUAAAUCAGAAACAGAAGCAGAUAGUCCAGAAGUUGAAGCUGGAGCUGAUAGAGAGAACUACUGGCAUGGGUGUGGAGAACAGCGACCCACAGGUGUGCGUGUCAACCAGCACCCCUGACCCAGGGUCCUAUGUGACACAGGCCAGCCUUGUCAUGUGGGUCCCGCCCCUCACUCCAACCCCUACAGUGUCCCCUACCACACUACGGAUACCUUCCUAUCAGGCCGGGAUGCACAACAGACUAGAGCCAAAGGACAUUUGCAGUGGCCACAACGUGUUAGGCAGUAUGUCCUCCAACCAGUCAAGAGGCGGCAGUGAUCCUAAACACUCACGACAACGAGCAUCUGCACAUGCUAAACAGACUUCAAGUCCUGACGUCUACAUUGAGAGGGCAAGAGAACUUAAGCAGAAACUCGAUUUUAUGGCCUGUAUCGAACUUGUUCCUCCUGAUUCAGUAUCCGAUGCUGUUGGGAAGAGGUCAGAGAGGAAGCGUAGAAGUACAAACAAUCCAAACUUUGCGUAUGGAAUUGAAUUGGAGAGACGAUCAAAGUUGUCAAACUUUAUUGCUUCCGAUUAUUUUGGUGCCAAAAAGAACAAAGGAGUGUUGCCGAAGCAGAGAUAUGACAGCUCCUCCUCGGACACGCCCCCCAGCUCACCUGUCCCCUCCCCCAGCAACUCACAGCUAAAACACUUGCCCAAGGACCAGGAAGAGAAAUGUUGUGCAGACUGCGGGGAGGCUGGUGAGCUGACAGCGUGCGAGGGAUGUGCUCGAGCGUACCACGAGGAUUGCAUUUCAGCUCCCGAGGCCCGUCUGACAGACCCGUCAGCUCCCGAGGCCCGUCUUACAGACCUGUCCAGGAGGUGCAAGCAGUGCCAGGUCUGUAGCUGGAGGCAGGAGGUUUCCCUCAAGACCAGCCAGUCACUGACAGCUGUUAGUGAGUACAUUGAAGCCCGUAGAGGGAAGGAGGAGGAGAAGCGGAGGCUGCUGAAGCGAAACAUGGAACUGCUGCAGGAGAAGAUGCUGCUAGAGAACCGCACACAACAACUCAACGACAUCCUAGCGCGGCAUGGCAUCAAGAAGCAAGAACUGUUGGAUAUCAACCUAGGAGCAAAGCAGUCUGUGGAAAACCUCAAACAUUUUGUGAAGAGUGUUCAGUCAUCAUGAAUCCUGCCAAUGCUGUGCAUUCUUCAACACUCUAAAUAUCCAUAUUCUUGCUCCCGCUUCUUUAGCUCACCUGAGGGCAAUGUGCGUGCUCAUGGUGAGCUUUUGUGAUCUCCUCUUGUCUGUUGUGCUUCAUGAAGCAUCAACAUUUGUGUUGCUUACACUUAAGAAUCAACAGCUAUUGUCCGAUCUUCAUGAAACUUUGUCAGAAUAUUUGUCCCAAUUAUAUCUGAGACAAGUUUGAAAAUGGUUCCGGUUGGUUAAAAUACAUGGUCGCUAGGGAUGAAGAAUUUUUCCUUUUAAGGCGUUAGUAAACCUUGUUUAGGCUCCAGAGCCCACAUUAAUUAUCCGAUAUUUAUGAAACUUAAAAAGAACAUUUGUCUCAAUGAUAAGUGUUUUGUUCCAGUUGGUUGAGAAACAUUGCCGCCAGGGGGCAGGGCAUUUUUCCUUAUAUGGCUUGUAAAACCUUGUUAACACUCUAGACAUUACAUGUAUUGUCCAAUCUUCAUGAACGUUGGUCAGAAACUUUGUUAAAAUCAUAUAUUGGAUGAGUUCGAAAUUUUGUCGGGUUUGUUGAAAAACAUAGCAGCUAGGAGGAGGGGCAUUUUUCCUAAUAUGGCUAUAGUAAAACCUUGUUAACACUCUCAAAAUCACAUUUAUAGUCCAGACUUUAUUGAACUUGAUCAGAACAUUUGUUCUUAUGAUAUCUUAGAUAAGUGUGAAAAUGGUUCCAGUUUGUUGAAAAGAAUGGCAGCCAGUUUUCAGGGGAUGGCUAAAGUAAAACCUUGUUAAUACUAAAAGUCUUCAUGAAAAUUAGUCGGAACAUUUGUGCAAAUGAUAUAGUUCUUAACCCUUUCCCCCAUAAGAAGCAAAGUGAAAAUAGCUUUAGCAACCAGCAUAAGACCAGAACAGUCUGCGAGUAACUUGCAGUCGGUUCAGGUUUUAUGCUGUUUGCUGCUCAUCAGUAUCUAAUGGUUGGAAAUGAAGCCUGUAAAACUUGAAUCUAGUAAGAAAGGUCUUUAAUUAAAUUUAACUUUCUAAAGGACUACAAAUGGGUAAAAAUAGGUAUCUAAGUUGUGGAGGGUUAAGUGCACCUUUUUAUAGAGACAUGGUAUUGUAUUAUGUUCUGUUCUGUUCUGAUGGUAACAUGAUAAGUGAUUUUCAUUUCAUCUUCAUUUAUUUUAUACAAGAUCUAUCACAAUGUGUUGCUUUCUUUUUGUAUUGAGAACUCCACUUGUUUAAUUGUUACUUGAAAGUCCUGUGUUUAAUAACAUUUAUUUGCUUGCAAUGUCACAACAAAUUUAUGCCUACCUGUACAUGUACAUCAUAUUACCAUAUUUUCUGAUUUGAAAGUAUAAGGACUUUCAUCUGAUUUUUAUGUUAGUUUUUAGAAAUGUUGGAGGACAUAAUUUGAGUAUUAAAUUAUCAGUUAUAUUUAUUAAACCUCCUAUCAUCAGCAAACUUGAAGAAAUUAGAUGUCAUUGUAUAUGCAGGGCUUUUUAGUUUUAACUUAAAUAUAUAUUUUUUCAGCCGAGUUUUCUCUCAUAAGAAUCUUAGUUUUUAGACUUUUAGAAAUAAUUAAAUGUUUUGUAGUCAGAAAAUUUAGAUUAAAAAUUAUUCAGAAAAUACAGGUGUAAAAAUUUAGAGGCACAAAAUACAGUUGUUCGAAAAGUAAGAGACAUACUCUAAUGUAUUGAUGAUCAGAUAUGGGUAUGCAAUUUGUUUAGCCUCAAUUGUUUCAAUACAAAAUAGCACUAGCUUGUAAAAUAUCAUACCAUAUAGUAUAAAUCAGUUUUAUUUAUGUUCCACUUUAAACUGUAGGGUAAAACAAUUGUCUAUUACCAGUAUACUUAAAUCAUUACCCAAUAACAUAAACUUAACAGUCUAUUGCUUUAAGGCAUUAGUCUGCCAGGUUUUACAACCUUAAUCCGGUUGUAAAAACACAUGACCAAAGUGCCACCAGAUAAGCAAAACAAGGCAGCAUUCUGGCAAACUACUAUUGUAAAAUUAACUGUCAAAAUAUUUAGUCAUUUUUAUAGGCAAAAAACCUGUAUGUUCACAAAUUUAGAGGUUUUUUUUGUGGCUAAAAACAAUGUGUCAAAACAUUAUAAAGUCUAAGACCUUGGGAUAAUUACAGUAUUGUUUUUCAUCAAAAGAAAUUUAGGAACUUAGUAUUUUUAUUAUACCCAAUAUUUUGGAAUCUCAUCUCAGUUCAGGUUUGAUCGUCUGAUUGUCCACUUAAAAUGGUAAAGCAUGUGAACAAGACUUCUCAAUAAGCAAUUGAUUUGAAAAUGUCAUCAGCGUGAAGCUUAUAUUUGUAUGACACAGUUUCCAUUCACAACAAUUACAUUUGGGUUAUGGGAUAUUUUAAUCAGUCCUGCGCGCAACCGCCUCACCUAUUACCAAGCUCUAUUUGUCUUCUGCUCUACUUCAGCCAAGGCUGCUUAGAUUAUAUUGGAUUAAACAUGUUGAUACAGACAAUGUACUGAAAGAAAUGUUAUUAACUACCUGUUUUACAGUUCUAGUCAUCUGUGUUAUGAACACAGUUUUAUUAGCAAUACUGGCCCUUUAUAGCUCUUAGUUAUUUAUUUUGUUAAUAGAUUUUGAUUAUGAAAGUGUACUUGUUUUGUACUAUCUUUGUUGUUUGUGCUUUUGUUGUUGUAGUAAAAAAAUGCUUCUUUAUAAGCCUUUGAUUUUUACCAGAUAUUUUUUUGUACAUUGUUAAAAGUUGUUGUAAAAAUUAAAUGUUCAAAUUGAAAA